UAGUACACAAAGCCUUAUUAGAUUUUCACCGAGCAACGAUUGUAUACAAAACAGACAGCCAUGUAACUGUCAAACAAAUAUUAAAACUAAAAAUCUGACCAGAAAACGGUUAGAUAGCUUGGUUUAUAAUGUCGUCGGUGGUAAAGGCAGUCGUAUUUCAAUUUUUAAGUGGAAUAAAAGAUUCAAUACUUGGAGUUGUUUUGAUAUAUUCUCUUGACAAAAAUAUUCAGAAUCAUCAAAGAAAACAACAACAAAAGGCACAAGAAGAAAACAAACUUAAUAUCAGAAGAACUAGCAGUUCAGUUGAAAAUGGAGGAAAAAGAAAGAAUCCACGAGUUUUGGGAAGAAUUUGCAUGAGCUCUGCUUUAGCAUCUUUUGUGUGGAUUAGUAUUUGGAUAUUCAGUGUAUACGUACUACCCAUGCUACAUUAUUAUACUAAGUUGCUCAUUAGUGUAGUAUUGGAAGGAGAAGAAACAAGUAAAACAUAUGAGGGGAUUUGGGUUUACGUUGAAAUGAUUCUUCACUAUACAUUUUCGGCUUUAUGGGUUUUGCCACUGUAUAUUCUCAGCAAAGCUAUCAAUGGAUUCUGGUUUGCAGAUGUUUCUGACAGUGUUUAUAGGUUUGUGCAUGGCCAACCACGUUCAUUCCCUUCCAUAAGCCUUGCUGUAGCCGACUUUAUUUAUAGUAUUUUAGUAGAAACUGCUUUUUUGUUACAAGCAAACCUUGUAUCCCACAUUCCACUUGAAGGUGUGAAUCAAUUAUUGUACACCAUGCAUAUAUGUAUGCUGUAUGCAUUAUAUGCAUUUGAAUACAAAUGGUUCAACAUGGGCAUUGAAUUAAAGCUUCGUCUUCAAUUAGUUGACCGGCAUUGGCCAUAUUUUUGUGGUUUUGGACUCCCUUUGUUUAUAAUGACAAACAUGGUGUUUAGUUAUUACCCUGUUGUGGUUAGUGCUUGUAUAUUCUCUAUCGCAUUUCCUUUCUUUAUUGUCAGUGGAACACAAGCCUCCACACCCCCUACCCCUGCCACUAUACAAUUACGCAUUUUUGAACCGGCUGCAAUGUUAUGCAGUUAUCUGUUCAGCUCAUCUAUCAGGAGCAGAAACUCAGGAUCAGUGCAAUACCAAACAUAGUGUUAACUAAAUAGUUUGUGUUUCCCAGAACUUUAUCUAAUUAUUAGUCAGAACCGGUAAAUUGCUGGCAAGUUUUUAUUUGAUCAAAUGUUCAUUACAAUAAAUUCAAAAAAUGUA